CCUGCCAGCAGAAAGGGAUCACAGACGCCGGUAACAGUCAGUGGCGGUGAUUAUGACAAGGAGUAGCUUAACUUAACCCAAAGCCUAAAGCAACACAACUUAGGUCUACUUUUAUACUCUUUAAAAAGCAGUUAUACAUUUGCUUUACUUUUGUAGUCGCACUGUCUGUGGAAAGCCAAGAUGUCAGUGGUAGGAUUUGACUUGGGCUUUCAGAGCUGCUAUGUAGCUGUUGCCCGAGCUGGUGGAAUCGAGACAAUCGCUAACGAGUACAGCGACAGAUGUACACCGUCAUUUGUAUCAUUUGGGCCACGGAAUCGAUCCAUUGGAGCUGCUGCGAAGAGUCAGGUGGUAACCAACCAAAAGAACACAGUGCAGGGCUUCAAACGCUUUCAUGGCAGACCGUUCUCAGACCCGUAUGUUCAGUCAGUCAAGUCAAACUUGGUGUAUGACUUGGCACCGAUGCCUUCUGGAGCCACUGGUAUAAAAGUGAUGUACAUGGAUGAAGAACGAAUAUUUAGCAUCGAGCAGGUGUCUGGCAUGUUGCUGACCAAACUGAAAGAAACUGCUGAAAGUGCGCUGAAGAAACCAGUUGUCGACUGCGUCAUCUCGGUACCAAGUUAUUUCACUGAUGCAGAGAGGAGGUCCGUCAUGGAUGCAGCUCAGAUCGCAGGCCUUAACUGUCUACGACUAAUGAAUGAUACCACUGCAGUGACUCUGGCAUAUGGGAUMUACAAACAGGACCUUCCAGGUCCAGAGGAAAAGCCCAGGAUAGUUGUGUUUGUGGACCUGGGCCACUCUGGUUUCCAAGUGUCUGCUUGUGCCUUCAACAAGGGAAAACUCAAGAUUCUGGCUACAGCUUUUGAUCCAGACCUUGGAGGGAAGGACUUUGAUGAYAUCCUAGUAAACCACUUCUGCCAGGAGUUUGCGAAGAACUACAAACUGGACGUCAGGUCCAAACCUCGAGCGUUGGUGCGGCUUUAUCAAGAGUGUGAGAAGCUGAAGAAGCUGAUGAGCGCCAACUCGUCCGAUCUGCCCCUCAACAUCGAAUGUUUCAUGAACGAUAUCGAUGUUUCUGGAAAACUGAACAGAGGUCAGUUUGAAGAGAUGUGUGCGGGGCUGCUGGCCAAAGUUGAGGGUCCYCUGCGUAGCGUCAUGGAACAAGCCAAGUUGAGAAAGGAAGACGUAUACGCAGUGGAGAUAGUAGGCGGAGCCUCCAGGAUCCCCGCUGUCAAAGAGCGAAUCGGCAAAUUCUUCGGCAAAGAGCUGAGCACGACUCUAAAUGCGGACGAGGCUGUGGCCAGGGGCUGUGCUCUGCAGUGUGCUAUCUUGUCACCAGCGUUUAAAGUGAGAGAGUUCUCCAUCACAGACGUCGUCCCUUACUCCAUUUCUCUAAAGUGGAAUUCAGCUGCAGAGGACGGUCUGAGUGAUUGUGAGGUUUUCCCAAAGAACCACCCAGCUCCUUUUUCUAAAGUGCUGACCUUUUACCGGAAGGAGCCCUUCACCCUUGAAGCCUACUACACUAAUCCCAAGGAGAUACCCUACCCCAAUGUCACUAUAGGUCAGUUCUUGGUUCAGAACGUCGUUCCACAGGCGUCAGGCGAGAGCACCAAGGUUAAGGUGAAAGUGCGCGUCAACGUCCACGGUGUGUUCAGCGUGUCGAGCGCUUCGCUAGUAGAGAUUGUGAAAGUAGCUGAGGGGGAGGAGCCAAUGGAGACGGACCAGACAGUGAAGGAAGAGGAGAACAAAAUGCAGGUGGACCAGGACGAUCAGAAACCCAAGGACGGAGACAACGGAGACAAGAAAACAGAGGCAGAGGAAAUGGAGAUGUCAACAGGGGAAGCCAAAGAGGAGAAGAAGAGCGACCAGCCUCCUCAGGCUAAGAAAGCCAAAGUAAAAACAAAGACUGUGGAUCUGCCCAUAGAGAGCAAACUGCAGUGGCAGCUGCCCAGUGAUGAGCUCAAUGUGUUCGUGGAGAAUGAGGGGAAAAUGAUCAUGCAAGACAAGCUGGAGAAGGAGAGAAACGACGCAAAGAACAACGUAGAAGAAUACGUGUACGACAUGCGAGACAAACUGCACGGUGUGCUGGAGAAGUUUGUGAAUGAAGCUGAUCGUGAUUUGUUUUCAUUAAAACUCGGAGACACAGAGUGUUGGUUGUAUGAAGACGGAGAGGACCAACAGAAACAAGUUUACAUUGACAAACUGGUUGAACUGAAGAAAAUGGGUCAGCCCAUUCACGAUCGGUACGUGGAAGCCAAUGAGAGACCGAAAGCAUUUGAGGAACUGGGCAGACAAAUCCAGAAAUACACAAAGAUCAUAGAAGCUCACAAAGCAAAGGAUGAGCAGUAUGAUCACCUGGACGAGUUGGAGGUGACUCGGAUCGACAAGCACGUCAAUGAUACCAUGGCCUGGAUGAACUCUAAGAUGAACCAGCAGAACAGUCAGGACCUCGCCUUGGACCCUGUGGUACGAGUUGGAGAGAUUCAGGCCAAGGCUAAGGAGCUUUAUUCAUCCUGUAACCCAGUGGUGUCCAAACCUAAACCCAAAGUUGAGCCUCCUAAGGAGGAGAAGAUGGAGAACGGGCCAGUCAAUGGGCAGGAAGUAACAGAAAACCAGCCAUGCAACCCAGACAACGCAAAGUCACCAGGCACAGAGCAGGAAACGGUGGACAAGCCUGAGAUGGACAUUGACUAACUUGUUUUUCUGCUGCCAACCUUGAGUUUUCCGUUCUUCGUGCUGCUACUUUCCCCCGUUCUGCCCCUCUUUGGAGAUUGUUAUUGAUGACACCGUAGCCUCUCUUAAAGACAGACAACAGCAUCUGUUACCAGUGCUAAUCAUCAGGCUGCCUCCACGGCACGUCUUUUCUUAUAUUCUUGGAGUAUAAAAAUAAUAUUAUUAUUGAAUGAACUACUUGAAGACUUGAAAGUUGUGAGUGUGGGGGUGGAGGCUGCUUUCUCUGUGCUGCUUUGAUGGCUGUAAUGUUUAAGGUUAUAUUCAGCUUCUCCUGAGCACAUUUAAGCUUGUCAGAUCUGAUGAACUGUGCAACAGGGCCGUUCACACUAAUAGUACCUAGAAAAAUUGUGAAAUUGUAAAAUGGAGUUUGUUUUAAGAUAUAAAUACAGGGACGUUGGGGACUUGAGUUGUUUCAAUUGUAAAUGUAAAACUGCAUUUCUUUUCUCUCCACCACAACUUCUGGAUGUUGAAUGAAACAGAAAAUGUUUUUUUUUGUUUGUUUGUUUUUUUAAGUUGUACUGAAAAAGCUGAGAUUUAGAUACAAGUUACUGUCAUGCAGUAUUUCAUUGUUCUGCUUUUCUCAUUUAAAAAGCAAUUACCCGUUUGUUCUCUGGUAGCCUUGUAAUGUUCUUUUUUUUCUACUUUAAAGUUGUGAUUGUUGGUUCAACACGUCACCAGAAAGGCAAAAAAAUAAUUCCUAAAAAUAAAGUUCUGAGAAAACCC